UGUGAGUGGUAGAAACAGGAAUUGGUGCUUUUGCCUGGCCUAAAUUGCCUUGGUUUUCAGUGCUUGAGUAAUGUAACUAUAUUUUCUUUGAACCUCAUUGUGCAGAGGUUAAGAUACAGCCUUGAUCAGUGGCCUAAAGAGCAUGGCUUCUUUAUGGUCCCUCCUGAAUAGUCCCACUUGUUCAAAGAGGCAAGGUAAUAUCUAGAAUGUGUAAGGAAGUUGCAGCAUGCUUGUCUUAACUCAUCUUCCUACCUGUAAAAUCAGGAAAGUUCAUGCCUUGCAUCAUAGAUAGGUCAGAAGAGUAAAUCGUUUCAUAUUUCUGAAGAACUUGGAUACUACUUUCAUGGAGACAAUUACUGUCAAGAAGAUUCAUGCUCGCACGGGAUUGCUUGUACAUUCAGAACUUUGAAUGUCAGUGGCUGCUUACUGUAUAUUUUGCUAUAGACAAAUAGGAACCUCUGGUCCAGCCACAAAAACACACCUACCCUGGAAUGAUAUCAGAAAAAUUGCAAAAGUAACUGGAUCGCUUAUACUAGGUUUUCUUUUAUCUAGAGGUUUUGUAUUCAUUACAUAUGAAGUCCUGUCCUUAAAGAAGUUACUGCAAAUUGAUAGUCAAGCUAUACAUCAAGAAAAACUUAAAUCCUAUGUAUACAUACGUACAACUUCUGUAAAUCCAAGUGACUAUCAAGGGAUCACAUACCACGCCAGAAAAGAAAUCCAUAAAGCAGUGAGGAAAAUUCUAGAAACAGAAGCUAAAAUUUUCCGGAGACCUUUUAAUGAACAAUUCAGUACAUUUGAUGGAGAAGAUCAUGAAUGUGCCUUAUGGCUUCUCUUAAAGAGAAGUCAGUCAGAAGACAAAGAAGUCCGACUGCAGGCUGUACAAGACCUGGCAAACAAUAGUCACUGGCAUGAUUAUCAGUAUGGUACAGUUGCCCAAACCUGUGAUCAAAGGACUGCUAUAGGUUUGGCUCGAUCCAAAGAUGUCAACCUUCGCUUUUUCCUGCCUCCACCACCAUUGCCAAAAAUAAAGAAUGAUUGUCCCAUAGAAGAUGAACUUCGCUUGUUGUUAGUAUCUUUACCUCAGACUGGUCUUGAUCCAUGUGUCCAGUACUUCACGUCUCUUGCUUUACGUGAAAGUAGUCAGACUCUGGCUGCACAAAGGGGAGGCUUGUGGUGUUUUGGAGGAAAUGGACUUCCAUAUUGUGAGACGUUGAGUAAAAUCCCUUCAGAGACAGUGGAACUCUUUUGCUUGCAAGCUUUAGUGCAGCAUUCUAAGGUUUCUUCUCACUGUGAUAAAAUUGAAGCUAAAGGAGGCCUUCAGCUACUACAGAGGAUAUACCAGCUACGUAAAGAUUCAGCAAAAAUACAAAGGAAUAUAAUUCGCAUUAUUGGAAAUAUGGCUUUGGAUGAACGUCUUCAUUCAUCCAUAGUACGUGCAGGUUGGGUUUCUGUACUUGCUGAAGUAAUGAAAUCCCCACAUGUCAUUCAGUCUUCUCAUGCAUCCAGAGCUUUGGCUAAUCUAGACAGGGACACAGUGAAAGAAAAGUAUCCAGAUGGUGUUUAUGUUUUACAUCCACAAUAUCGUAGCAGUCAGCCCAUCAGAGCAGACAUCCUUUUUGUUCAUGGUCUUUUGGGGGCAGCAUUUAAAACCUGGCGACAGCAAGACAUUGACCGGCGUUUGGAUAAAAAGGCUUCAGAAGGGGAAGAGGACUAUAGCCAGUGCUGGCCAAAGACAUGGCUGGCUUCAGACUGUCCUGCCCUUAGAAUCAUAUCUGUGGAAUAUGACACCCAUUUGAGUGACUGGAAAGCAAAAUGUCCUGUUGAGGCUCACAGGAAGUCUAUUGCUUACAGGAGCAAUGAACUUCUCGACAAGCUCAGAGCUGCUGGGAUUGGAGACAGACCUCUGGUGUGGGUAUCACAUAGCAUGGGUGGUCUUCUAGUCAAAAAGAUGCUGGUGGAUGCUUCCAAGAAUCCAGAAAUGGAUAAAAUUGUAAACAACACCAGAGGAAUCAUAUUUUAUAGCGUACCUCACCAUGGUUCCCAGCUGGCUGAAUAUUCUAUAAAUGCCAGAUAUCUUCUCUUUCCGUCUGUGGAGGUUAAAGAACUCAGCAAGGAUUCUCCUGCCCUUAAAGAGCUGAAUGACGACUUCCUGUCUUUUGCCAAAGACAAGAAAUUUUCAGUGCUGAGUUUUGCAGAAACCUUACCAACACAUAUAGGCAGCAUGAUAAAACUGCAUGUUGUACCUCUGGAAUCAGCAAAGUUAGGAAUUGGAGACCUUAUUCCAGUGGAUGUUAAUCAUCUAAAUAUUUGUAAGCCAAAGAAGAAGGAUGCUUUCCUGUACCAACGUACAUUGAAGUUCAUUCAGGAUGUUUUAGCCCAAGAAAUUGGAGACUGAGUUUUUUCUUCUAUUUGGUGUAACACAGUAAGUUCUUCCCCUAACAUUUGUUAGGGGAUCUGCAGAACUACAAAGAUGCUAUGUCAAUAGUAUCUGCUGCUAAAAUAAUUUUCAGUACGUCUCCAACUUAAACAUCUCUCCAACUUAUUUCUAAAAUGUAUUCAAAACAAAUACAAACUGAAGUCCUAUGAGCUUGACAAAAAGAAAAUGUGUGUUGUCUUAAAGUGACAAUGAUAUGUCGACAAAAUGUGUGUAAAUGCUCCAGCAAUUUGUCUGGGAGGGGAUGGGGAUUCAGUGGAAGAGAAGUUUCACUUAGUCUACAGAUAUCCCUCUGAAGCAAUACAGCUAGAACGUGGAGAGUGCCCAGGAUAUCUUCUUUUAGCUGGUGGGG